UGGCUGCCCCCACUAAGAAUCGCAUUCGAAACGUUUACAGGUAAAUUAAUCCCGAUUGAAGUUGUGAUCAUAGUAGGUGCUUGUAUUUUUGGAUGUUUUAUGAACCAGUGUGGUAUCUCUGCAUUUUCUAUAGAGAAACAUAAUGACAUAAUUUAAUCCAAAUACGCCUCGGUUGUAACUUCGUUGUUUUGACCGAAUCUGAACGACAAACUUCUCACAGUUAAGAAGGUAGAAUUGCCAUUUUUGUGUCUGGCAUUAUUCGUUUUCAUUCUUGAUAAAAAAAAUAAUUCAAAAUGCCGAAAAUAAAAUACGAUCACGAUGAUGAAGAUGGGUCAGUUCAUCGGCUGGAAGGAUCGGACGUAAACCAACAAGGUGGACUGAUAAUCAUGAAAAAAGGUCCCUCUGCCGAUUCUGGAGAAAAGCAUUCAUUUAAACCACCACUCAUCAAAGGCUCUUUGCUCGGCCUUGACAGACUAGCUGCCGAUAAGAGGAAAACAAGGGACGAAGAAGAGGAAGGUGGUUACAAACGUUCUAAAGUUACAUCUUAUAAAAAUGAUGAAGACAAUGAUGAAGACAUAGAGGAGGAGGAUGCUGGUAGAGGGAGCCAUAAACCUCCCAAAGACAGACAUUAUCGCCCAGCCAGAAUGGAGACACCAUCACAUCCUGGAGGAGUCAAUGAAGAAGUAAGGUCAAAAAUUCAACACAGACACAAGGAGAGGGAGCGUGGAGUGUACGCCUCAUCCAAAGAUAAAGAAAAAAGGAGAGACAAAGACAGAGAUCGUAAGAGGGACCAUGAUCGUAGGUACGAUAAAGAGAGAUCAGAAAGAGGUCACAGGAGUGAAAGGAGUCAGAGGAGUGAGAGAGAGUGGGAAGAAACGCCGUCUAGAAGUCGAGAUGAACCUCCUACUCCAGCCAGAUACAAACCUAAGGAUACUCCAUCAGGAUCAAGCUGGGAUGAUGAUGACAUCACUCCCCCUCAGAAGUCUGUGUGGGAUGUCCCCACACCAUACAGGUCAGAACGCAGAGGUGACCGCGACAGAAGUGACCGAAGUGACAGGAGUGACAGAAGUGACAGGAGUCACAGAAGUCAAAGAUCGUCCAGGGAUGGGAGAAAACAUGACAGAAAGUCAAGGAAGAAGACUGAUGACACCCCGCUUCCCACGCCUUCUUACAAGUACAAUGACUGGAUGGAUGACAGGAAAAAGAUCCGUUACACACCCAGGGAGAGAGAUAACAGAGAUGAGGAGGGUUGGAGGAAAGACUUGACUGAAGAAGAACGCUUAGAAAUGGAGGAAGAGCAGAAGCGUUUAGAUCGUGAGUGGUACAUGCAAGACGAGGGUUAUGACGAGUCCCAUAAUCCAUUCUCUGGCAUGUCAGCCGAGUAUACCAAGAAAAAGGAACAGGAAAUUGAGAAGAAAAAGGUCAAGAGGAUGUCUGAGAAACAGAGGCAGAUAAAUAAGGACAUAGAGAUGUGGGAAACCAACAGAAUGCUGAGAAGUGGCGUUAUCCAGAAAGUGAAUUUUGAUGAAGACUUCGAGGAGGACAAUGAAGCUCGGGUUCACAUCCUGGUCCACAACAUUGUCCCCCCAUUCCUGGAUGGCAGAAUGGUGUUCACAAAGCAACCAGAGCCUGUGAUACCCAUCAAGGACCCUACAUCAGACAUGGCCCAGGUGGCCAGAAAAGGCUGCCAUGUUGUCCGCCACCACAGAGAGGAGAAAGAGAAGAAGAAAGCUCAGCAAAAACACUGGGAGCUGGCAGGGACCAGGAUGGGGGACAUUAUGGGGGUCAAAAAGAAAGAGGAAGAGGAUAAAGAUAUAGAUGAAGAGGGGAACUUGGACUGGAAGAAGAAUCAAAAAUUUUCUGACCACAUGGGAGAUUCCUCCCAGGCAGUUAGUGAAUUUGCUAAAAAGAAAAAUAUUCGACAACAAAGGCAGUACCUUCCUAUAUAUGCUGUAAGGAAUGAGCUACUGAAUAUCAUCAGGGAUAACAGUAUAGUUGUGAUAGUGGGUGAGACUGGCUCAGGUAAAACUACACAGCUGACGCAGUAUCUUCAUGAAGACGGAUACACCAAGUUUGGCAUGGUGGGCUGCACACAACCUCGUCGAGUGGCAGCCAUGUCUGUCGCCAAACGAGUCUCGGAAGAGAUGGGGAGUAAGCUCGGGGAUGAAGUGGGGUAUGCUAUUCGAUUUGAGGAUUGUACCUCGGAGAAAACAAUUAUCAAGUACAUGACAGAUGGUAUACUGCUGAGAGAAUCACUACGCGAGUCUGACCUAGAUAACUACAGUGCAAUCAUCAUGGAUGAAGCUCACGAACGGUCGCUAAAUACUGAUGUCUUGUUUGGUUUACUGAGGGAGGUUGUUGCUAGGCGACAGGAUCUCAAGUUAAUCGUCACCUCAGCCACCAUGGAUGCCACCAAAUUCUCCACCUUCUUCGGCAACGUCCCGGUGUACAUAAUACCUGGCAGGACAUUCCCUGUGGACAUCUUCUUUAGCAAGAAUACAGUGGAGGACUACGUGGACGCAGCGGUCAAGCAGGCCUUGCAGGUCCACCUGAUGGGUAACCCAGGUGACAUAUUGAUCUUCAUGCCUGGCCAAGAGGACAUUGAGGUGACAUGUGAACUGCUGGCAGAGCGUCUUGAUGAGCUUGAUGAGGCGCCCCCAUUGGCCAUCUUGCCCAUCUACUCCCAGCUGCCCAGUGAUCUCCAGGCCAAGAUCUUCCAGAAGGCCCCAGAUGGGAUCAGGAAAGCUGUGGUGGCCACCAAUAUAGCCGAGACCUCCCUCACAGUGGAUGGUAUACAGUUUGUGGUAGAUGCUGGUUUCUGCAAGCUGAAGGUGUUCAACCCUAAGAUUGGUAUGGACGCUCUCUCUGUGUUCCCCAUUAGUCAGGCCAAUGCCAACCAGAGGUCAGGNUCUCACACACACACACACACACACUGCUUCAGACUGUACACAGAGCGCCAGUACAAGGAUGAGCUGCUGGUGACCACAGUGCCAGAGAUCCAGAGAACCAACCUGGCCAAUGUGGUGCUCCUGCUCAAGUCCCUGGGGGUGCAGAAUCUCUUACAGUUCCACUUCAUGGAUCCACCUCCACAGGAUAACAUCCUGAACUCCAUGUACCAGCUGUGGGUUUUGGGAGCGCUGGACAACACGGGUUCCCUGACGUCCCUGGGCAGACAGAUGGUGGAGUUCCCUCUGGACCCCGCGCUGUCCAAGAUGUUGAUUGUCUCCUGUGAUAUGGGCUGCAGUGCAGAUAUACUGAUCAUAGUGUCCAUGUUAUCUGUCCCAGCCAUUUUCUUCAGACCAAAAGGAAGGGAAGAAGACUCGGAUUCUGCCAGAGAAAAGUUUCAGGUUCCAGAGAGUGACCAUUUGACCUUUCUCAAUGUCUAUCUGCAGUGGAAGAGAAAUAACUAUUCCUCCAGCUGGUGUCAGGAACACUUUGUCCAUGUCAAGGCAAUGAGGAAGGUCCGUGAGGUGCGUCAACAGCUGAAGGAGAUAAUGGACCAGCAGAAGAUGGACUUUGUGUCCUGUGGCCAGGAGUGGGAUAUCAUCCGGAAGUGUAUCUGUUCAUCCUACUUCCAUCAGGCAGCAAGGAUGAAGGGUCUUGGUGAAUAUGUCAACAUGAGGACAGGGAUGCCGUGUCACCUGCACCCCACCAGUGCACUGUUUGGCAUGGGUUAUACUCCAGACUACAUAGUCUACCAUGAACUGAUCAUGACAUCCAAGGAAUACAUGCAGUGUGUGACUGCUGUGGAUGGACACUGGCUAGCUGAACUGGGACCAAUGUUUUAUAGUGUCAAAGAAUCAUCUAAGACAAGAAAUGAAAACCGCCAGAAGGAAGCAGCGGACAUGACUGCCAUGGAGGAAGAGAUGAAGAAAGCCGAGGAGCAGAUUAAAUUGAGGAAGGAAGAGCAAGAGAAGGCUUUGGUUGAUACAAGUAAAAGAAACCAAAUUGUCACCCCAGGAAGAAAAGAACCAGGUACUCCAUUUACCCCCAGAAGACCAAGGUCCAAGAUAGGAAUUUGAUGUGGUGGGCCAACACCUCGGGUUGGAUUGAGAUAUCUUCAAAGUCGUCACCAAAUGAAAUGUUUUUAAAUGAGGGUGGAGUAGAAUGGAACAAUAAAGUCACUGUGAUGGAAGGAUUUAGUCAGAAGUUUUUUUUUUUUAAUCAAAAUGACUAGGAAUUCUGCUCGUGUUGUGUAAAACAGGUGGUUUGAGUUCUGAGGUGAACCUUUGGAAAAAAAAGCCUUUCUGCCUCCUGUUUGAUACAGGAUUCUAUUAGACAGUUAAAAAAAGGAGAAAUAGAGUCAGACAAGUGAUUUAGAAGUCCUAUGCAGUAAAAAGAACUUGGUUUGAUACUCAAGGCUACUUAAAGUUGUUUGCAGGCAGUGUAUAUCUUUACACUUAAAGUUGAAAACCUUAGGAUAAAACAGACUGAUUGGACAUGAUGAAUAUGCACUUGAUUAAUGUAUAUAUGUAUAUAUAAAGAGUUGAAUGUUAUUCUCAAGAGCAUGUGUUUUACCAUGCUCAUUACAUUGUUUGCUGGUAUUGUAGAUGCCCAAAAUGGACUCUUUGUUGCUGUAAAAUGCAGGGAUGAGAUUUUUCUGACUGUCAGCAGAUUUUUUUACAUUUUGGGAGUUAAAAAUAUCAUUGGCCCAGGCGGACCCCUUGACCUCAUGCCAAAUUUUCCAACUUUUUCACUAAAUGGCAGUCUCAUCACUGAUAAUAUUCAUUUCUGAUUUAAAGACUACAGUAGAUUAAAUGCAACUGGGAAGAUAACAUGUACAAAUUGAAAUUUUGAUCAUAUUAUUUUGUAUUUGCAUUAAAUAUAAAUGAUGAAUCUUCA